AUGGCCGUGGUGUCCCCUACAACCGGCCUGCCCCCCGCUCAAGCGGGCCCUCACCUCCCUCCAAACACAAACACCGUCACUCACACGACUAACUUUACCCACGUGCGCUCGUGUCCACGUGUGGAGGUUUUGGGUCGUCAGCGUAGCAAUAUAUAUGGUGGCUCCGAGGUGGUUUCUCACAAUCCACACUCCAGACCGCCUCCACCGCCACCGCCCCCAGGUUACCCACACUACAGCCAACACCCCCCAGGCAACUACUACACACACCCUUCUCCUACUACCCCCAACACGGCUUCUCCGACCCACUACCGUCCGCACAUGUCGUCUCCACACAUCCCUUCGCCGCCCCACAGUGGCACGCUGCACGAGUACAAGAAGACGCUUCCCUCCAUUGGCAACAUGGUGCCUCCCAUGUCGCUUCCUCCGCCGCUCAUUGACUCCAACUCGUCGGAUUCGGGGGCCUCGAAUCAGAACAAGUUCCCUCCUCCUCCGGGCAGACGGCGCACCAUCAUCCACAUGAGUCCGCACGUCAACACUGCGCCCAACAGUAGAAACAACUCCAUAUCGCGCACCAAUUCCAUGAGUCGCAGCAACUCCAUUAGUGCCAUGAGCUCGCCGGGCCUGCCACCGCUCAACCAGCACCAGCAGGUUUUCAGCGACUCGUCUGACGAAGACAAGAAGACCGCCGAGGCACAUGAACAACAACAUCACCACCAACAACAUCAACACAGCGAACAGCCCAAGCGAAAGCUGUCGAGCUUGGAUCCCCUGGAGGAGGAGAGCCCGAUGAUGAACCCCACACACAACAGCCACGUGACCCACAUGCCCGGCCACGUGAACAAAAAGCCACGACCUGACAAGGAACUCAAAAAGUCGGCCCGCAAAACCGCCCACAGUGCCAUCGAACGACGACGACGAUCGAAAAUGAACGAGGAAUUCGACUCGCUCAAACAGCUGGUUCCUGCUUGUAGACAGUCAAUAGCGGCUGAAGGGGGCGAUGCCGGACUUCACAAGCUCACCAUCCUUCAGGCUACUGUUGAAUACGUGCGAUACCUGCAGGCGUGUCUGGAUUCUGUCGAAAACGGACAGCAGAUCUACCUCAAUGGCCCCGAGCUGCCUGGGAAGAAGGCACGAGGAAGCAUGAGUUACUCCGGAGGCUCCAAUCCCCCAUCCAACCUAUGUUCUCCUGCCUCUUCCAUUUCAGGAACCCCCAUGAUGCUUCCUGUAGGCAGCAUGAGUCCUCUGGAUCGGUUCUCGUUUGGAACUCCCCAGAUUAGCGGCCAGUCUGGCUCUACCCCGAGUAUGACCCCUAGUAUGACUCCCAAUAUGGGACCUACUGCCACCAGUUUCGCUCUACCUGAGUCUGCCAUCAAGAUUGAGGACACAAAGUCGUUUGAGGCCAGCCGAACCCUGUUGAUGUUGGGUCAGAAGGAUAAGGAGAAGGAUCGGGGAUUCCUCAAGGUGAGUGAUUUGCUCAGUUAG